AAACAAGUGUAUCAGUCUCAGCAAUGUCCAUGAUAGUAAUAGCCACCACCAUCUAUCUGCAUCCAUGAUCUCUCUCUCUCUCUCUCUCUCUCUGUUGCUUCCAAGCCAAGACGACCCUGUCUUGCUCACUGACUGUACGUACAUGGAUCUCAUCAAGCUCAGCUCCCAUGCCUCCCUCCGGUAUAAAUUGCAGCCAUGUGGAGCUUCACCACCGGCGGCGGCGGCGGCCAUGGAGACGUCGUACAGGGAGGAAGAAGCGAGGAGGAAGGCAUCCCUGCUCCACUGCAUCUUCUUCUUCCUCCUCGGAGCUCUCGCCAUGGCCGCAGCGAUCGCCGUUCUACACGAGUCAUCAUACUGGGAGUGGCGCUGUAAUCGCCUCACCGACAUCGUCGUUGACGGCGACGACGGCGAUGGUCCGAGCAGCAGCGAGGUGGUCGACGGCGGCGGCGAGUGGGGGAUGGUGAGGACGAGGGGCGCGCAGUUCGUCGUCGGCGGCGGCCGGCCGUUCUACGUGAACGGGUUCAACACGUACUGGCUGAUGGUCCUCGCCGUCGACCCGUCGACGAGGGGGAAGGUCACCGAGGUGUUCCGGCAGGCGGCGGCGGUCGGGCUCACGGUUUGCCGGACGUGGGCGUUCAACGACGGCGGGUGGCGGGCGCUCCAGAAGUCACCCGGAGUCUACGACGAGGAGGUCUUCAAGGCCCUGGAUUUCGUGGUGAGCGAGGCGCGGAAGCACAAGAUCAGGCUGAUUCUUCCGCUGAUCAACAACUGGGACGACUACGGCGGCAAGGCGCAGUACGUGCGGUGGGCGCAGGCCGCCGCCGCCGGCGCCGGCGCCGACGCCUUCUUCUCCGACGAGACCGUGAGGGGCUACUUCAAGAGCCACGUCACGGCGGUGCUGACGAGGGUGAACGCGUACACGGGCGUGGCGUACAGGGACGACCCGACCAUCAUGGCGUGGGAGCUCAUGAACGAGCCGCGCUGCGCCUCCGACCCCACCGGCGACACGCUCCAGGCGUGGAUCGCGGAGAUGGCGUUCCACGUCAAGUCCGUCGACCCGGCGCACCUGCUCGGCGUCGGCGCCGAGGGGUUCUACGGCCCGUCCUCGCCGCCGGCGCGCCUCCGGGUGAACCCCAACGCCGACGUCGCCCUCGCCGGCGCCGACUUCGUCCGCAACCACCGCGUCCUCGGCGUCGACUUCGCCUCCGUCCACGUCUACCCGGACACUUGGCUGCCGGCGGGCGCGACGAAGGAGGCGCAGCUGAGGUUCGCGACGUCGUGGGUGGAGGCGCACAUCGCGGACGCCGAGGGCGCGCUCGGCGGCAUGCCGGUGCUGUUCGCGGAGUUCGGGGUGUCCACGAGGGGCGCCCGGGCGGCGUUCAACGCGACGUCGAGGGACGCGUUCAUCGAGGCGGUGUAUGGCGCGAUGCUGCGGUCGACGCGGCGCGGCGGCGGCGGCGCGGGGGCGCUGCUGUGGCAGGUGUUCCCGGAGGGCACGGAUUACAUGGACGACGGCUACGCCGUCGUGCUGCCCCGGGCGGCGGCCACCGCCGGGAUCGUGGCGGCGCACUCCAGGCGGCUGCAGUCGUUCAACUCCCGGUGCGCGUGGAGCUGCCGCUGGGGCUGCAACAAGAGGGACAACGACACGGCUGAGACGACGACGGCGGAGGCUGACGUCGACGUGUCCUUCCACCACGAACUGUAACGAUACGCCGAGAUGUACGUUGAAAUUCGUAGGGAGACUAGUUAUUUAUUACUACUGUAUAUAGACGGAAAUUAUCAUGGUAUAAAACUAUAAAUCGGUUGCCGUAUCGUGCAUCCAAAGCGGAAAGUGUUUAAUCUCUCUGAGAAUAUAUCUUCU